AUGUCCAAGGUUGUCCCAGACAGGUCAGAACCUAGGAGCAAUCCCUCCCAAAAACCAGAUGAAACGCUUCAGUAUGAAGAAGUAACGACUUUUGGGGACUCACUUCCAACAAAAAAUGCAACAUUCGUUUCUGCUACCUCUGACUCGGAUGAAGAUGGAUCAGCUUUUGCCAAAAAUCCUUUCCUAGACCCGGAUGUGGCAGACCACUGGACUAGAAUCUACGAAAAAUCACAGUACGAAUGCCGACAUGUUUUUGAUCCUAACUUCUCUUGGACCGAGGAGGAAGAGCGGCGAUUAGUUCGAAGGCUGGACUGGCGAGUUUGUCUCUGGGCUUGCGUCAUGUUUUUCGGUUUACAAGUCGACCGUGGAAACUUAGUACAGGCUGUUGCGGAUAAUUUGUUGAAUGACUUAAAUUUGACUACAGAUGAGUACAAUUUGGGUAAUAACAUCUUUCUCUUCUCGUUCUUAUUGGCCGAGCUGCCUUCGCAAUUGGUUUCAAAGAAGAUUGGGCCUGAUAGAUGGAUUCCGAUGCAAAUAUCUCUCUGGUCGAUAGUUGCGAUGUCUCAAUGUGCGAUACAGGGCAAGUCUGGAUUCUAUGCUACACGUAGUAUGCUGGGUCUUCUUGAGGGCGGGUUCAUCCCAGAUAUCGUAUUGUGGUUAUCAUACUUCUAUACAUCCAAGGAGCUUCCUGUUCGACUCAGCUUCUUCUGGACUACACUUUCCGGGACCACUAUCAUUACAUCGAUUCUUGCCUAUGCUUUACUACACAUGAGAGGUGUAUCGGGGUGGGCAGGGUGGCGUUGGCUUUUCCUGAUUGAGGGGUUGAUUACUUUGCUAGUUGGCCUUUCUUCAUUCUUCAUGAUGCCGGCAUCAGCAGUGCAAACGAAAACAUGGUUCCGACCAAAAGGCUGGUUUAAUGAUCGUGAAAUCUCAAUCGUCGUCAACCGAGUCCUCCGAGAUGACCCCUCAAAAGGCGAUAUGCACAACCGACAAGCUAUUACACCAAAGAGACUUUGGAACGCAGCGAAGGACUACGAUCUUUGGCCGUUGUACGCUAUUGGAGUAAUCGCAUAUAUUCCUCAGCAGCCACCUUCGUCAUACAUUUCCCUCACCUUGAGGAAUCUGGGAUUUAGCACGUUUAAUACUAGCUUAUUGACAAUUCCUUAUUCAGUCUUUCAUAUCAUUACCUUACUUCUCCUCACCCAGCUAUCCGAACGCACCAACGAAAGAACUCUAGUCUCCAUGAUACAGCCACUCUGGACCCUCCCUUGCAUUAUCGCACUUCGCUUCUGGCCUGGUUCAGGAGUACAAGCUUGGAAUACCUAUGCACUAGUCACCGUGCUCCUCUCCUAUCCCUACUGCCACGCCAUUCUCGUAGCAUGGACAUCCAAAAACUCUAACAACGUCGGCACUCGUUCCGUCUCCUCUGCUCUCUACAACAUGGCAGUACAACUUGGAAAUAUUUGUGGAAACUUCAUCUAUAGAACAGAUGAUAAACCGCUAUACCAUCGUGGAAACACACAAUUGAUUAUUAUUAAUAUUGUAGCUAUUGUCGUGUUUCUACUCACAAAAGUGUAUUAUGUGAUGAGGAAUAAGCAGAGAGAUAGGGUCUGGAAUGCUAUGACGGCUGAGGAACAGCAGGAUUAUAAGAGGAAUGCGAUGGUGACAGGGAGUAGGAGGCUGGACUUUAGAUUUGCACAUUAA